AUCGGUUGGCAGCCGCACAAUAGCAGCCGGGCUGCCCAACGAUGGACCCAUAACCCAAACCAUGCUCUCGCCCGACGUCCUCGCCUCGCACCAGGCGACCCUCGAGCUGCAAGCGAGGGACGAGGACCGCCUGGCGCCUCAACAGGAAGCUCUAUCAGCCCUAGAGGAAGAGCUCGUGCAGCGCCACCAGCGCGAGCUCGCGAUUGCGGCCGAGCGGGAUCGACUGCGGCGGGAGCUGGCCGGCGUCGGCCGUGAAAGAUUGGAUGAACUGCGCAAAGCUCAAUCCGAGGACCUCGCGCGACUGGACCGCGAGACGGCGGCGCGAGCGGCCGAGCGCGCCGCCCUGGCCGAGGAGGUGGCGGCGUUGGAGCGGGCGGCCCACGUUGUUGAAGAGGAACCGAUGGCGACGGCGCGGUCGGCGCGCUCCGUGAAGCGCACGCUGUCCGAGACGCGGGACUCGCUGCGCGUGCGCACGGCACCUGAUCCGAGACCGUCGUCGGGCGAGGCGCUCCAGACAUUAAUCGGGGAGCUCGCGUCGCCGGCGGGGAUCGCUGCUCAAGAAAGACGUAUAGCGGAGCUGCGAGCGGAAGCUGAACCGCGCCCGCCGCCGUCGCGCGCCAGCGAGGACUGGUCGCCCGCCGAAUUAUUGGACGCGUGGCUGGAGGGCGACCCUCGCGGUCUGUUGCAGGGCGCCGGGCGGCCGCGGACGCCCCAGCCGCCGACUCCGAAGGCGCCUACUCCACGAGUGCCGACGCCGCGACAGCCGACGCCUAAGGCACCGACGCCGCGCCAACCGACGCCGUCGAUGCCACCACAACAGCAGCAGCCGCCGCCCUACGGCUUCCAGCAGACGUAUCCUGGAAUGCCUCCGUACGGCUACGCGCCGCCGCCCUCAUACUACGCGCCGCCGCCGCCCCAGCCCGCGCAGCACCAGGAUUCUUCUCUCUUACAAUUCCAGAUGAUGCAAUUGCAGCAACAACAGCAACAACAAAAAUUCGACGACCAGCUGCGACGUUUCAAAGAGGAGACGGCGCGCCAGUCGCGCGAGGCCGUCGAGACGCUGCGGAGGGAGAACGCCCAGCUGCUCACGGAAGUGCAACGCCUCAAAGAGCGGCACGUGACGCCCAAGAGUUCUAGACGGCCGAAGACGCCGGUGCCGAUUCAGCGUCUACUUGAGACAAUCGCCGUGACGCCGUCGACGUGGCCGCACGAGAGCCUACGCAUAUUGUGAGAGUGGGUCGCGUCGAUGGCUUCGACGCAAUGCCACGCCGCCUCGACGCCGUCGUCGUGAUCACGCGAUGCCGCGCAGGUCGCGCAAGCCCCCGCGCCGCAGCCCAAGGACGAGGACCCCCUCGACGCGUCGCAAAGGAAGGAACUAGUGGCGUUGGACUUUGAGUUGGAGAAGUGUAGGAGACGGGAGCAGCUUCUUGAGUUAAGAGAUCGACUGGACAGAGAGGGCCACGAGGCGAGGCAAAAGCGGGAGCACGACUACUGGCUCGAGGCUCAGAGAAGAAGGAUCCAGGCCUUGCGCGUCGAAAAAGCGUUGCAGCGGGAGGUGGACACGGCCGACGUCGCUCUCGAUCCGUACGCCCCUCAAAAAAUGCCGUACGACCCUAGUACGGGUUUCGGGGUCGUGCUCGACGGCUUCGUUGGUUCAGAGGAAUACAGGCGCGUCCGCGUCGUCUACGCGUUGUAUGACGGCAAGAAUCCAUGUGGAGGUGCGCUGGGUCGGUCUCGAGCGACUAGAUGUGCGCGGACGUCUGAUGACGGGUCUUGUUCAUUUGCUGAUCAACCGUCGUUGUACGUGUGUGGCGCGUCGAAACGAUUGCGGUUGGUGCUCGAGGUGCAGGCGUCGCGCGAAUUGGACGGAGAGGACUUUACGUGUGUCGGUAGCGCGUCACCGGAACCCUUCUCUUCUGGACAGUUGAGAUCAGGAGCCUGGAAGCUGCCGUUGCAGAAGGGGCCCUGGAAGAGCGAUGAUAAUUGGCCACCGUCGAAAUACAAGAGCGAUGUAAGGGUGCGCAUCUUCCACGCGCUCGCGCCUCUACCUCCUCACAAAGUCGACUGUAUGAGAAGGGGUGAUAGGUAUGCGGUCUGGGGCGGUACCGCUAAGGAUGUCCACGUGCCUCCGGCACAACUUCCAGUGAAAGCGCCUCCUCCACUUAAACGGCCGUCGUCGGUGCGGGCGGCCUCAUCGUCAUCCUCGUCCUCGUCGUCCUCCUCCUCGUCAGAAGACUCAGACGACCCCGGCGUCCAGAUCCCGGAAGAUGCCUGGACAAGGAACAUCGUGCAAAGCUCGGAGGAUGAGGAGGACGCGCCUCAAGAGGAGAAUGACGAGGCUAUAAAUGAUGAGCACGGCUUCCUGGAUACGAAAAGGCCCGCUGCCACAGAACCCUUCUCUGAUGGUUCUGGCGUAGACGUGUUUGUCGACGGCAUCCGCGGGCUGCCUGAUUCUGCAGGCGCGUCCCGAGUUACAGUAAGACUCUACGCCCAGGGCGAAAAAGUACAAGAUGAUGUGGUCAAGCUUUGUGAUGCGGAUGGCAAGCGCUUCACGCCGAGAUUCGACCUCGUGGCGGAGUUCCGUAGAGCUGCCUUCGACCCGACGAGUACGCUGCUGAUUCGCAUCGACGCGCUGGACGAAGAUUUACCUUCCGGAAGGAAAGCCCGAUGCCUGGGCUACACUCUGUUAAAUCUGUUCCACGCCCCGGGCGACAACAAGGCCCAACCGGCCGAUGAACAGUCCCAGGGCUACUGCCUCAACCAGGGUGGCUGGCAACUUCCCAUCUUCACGCGGCCGCACCCCCACAUUCAGACACUGCGCUGGGACGACCUCAAUAACAAUAAGAAAUGGCUCGGCUGUUCUGUUUUAGUGCGAGUGCAGCCGGCGCCGACGUCUUCUGAUGGCCUCGAGGUCCUUUCAAGGGCGACGGUGCCUAAACAACGGUGGGCCGCGCUGGGUCUUGACAGUCCGGCGCCGCCGUAUAAUUCGGGCGCGUACGACUCUUCGAGAUGCUCUAUAAAUGCGCUCGACCGCGAGCUGUUCAAGCGGCGCAGGCGGCGGCGCGACCCUGGGCUAUGUUCGGGCCACGUCGCCGACGCGGGCGGCGACGUGGAGCAGGCCAUGGCGGAGAUAUUCAAGAACGGCGUUUCGCAUUUCUUAGACAUGCGUCGCAUCGCGUCGUACGCGCCGGACCUCGGCUUUUCUAUAGCGGUGGACGGCCUGCGGAACAUCCCCUCGAAGAGGAAAGGAUUGUUUAACAGCGGCAAGGACCCGCCGAGCGUCUACAAGGUUAUUACCGUCUUGACGCCCCCGGGCCUAUUUUUCCAGGACCCCUCCGUGGCCGACGACGCGCAGUGCGCGCCUGUGUGGAAAUCAACCAGUGAGCUAGGUUUCGCUAUCGAUCCGACGCGGCCACGGCGACAACAUCGCGUCGAUGGCGUGGGGCGCCCGACAUUUGAUUUCCACACAGGUUCACGCUGAAACACGACUGGGAGAAGCCCUACAACGCGCCGACGUUCCAGGAUGGCUUUAGACGAUUUAGGGAUAAACCCGGGGGUCUCGAGCUGCGCGGAAAUCAAAAUUCGGGCGCCCCACGCCAUCGACGCGACGUCGUUCCCGGACCGUAAUACUCACUGGUUGAUUGCCACACAGGUCACUUGACGGCGGUCUUCGAAGUCCGAAGGUUUGAUCCCCUGGUGAAGGGCCAAACGCCGCGGCUCGACGCCGACGACAUAUUCUUCGCGGUGCUGCCGAUCCUGCAGAAGCCGACGCGGCCUACGUCGUUCCUCGCGCGGAAAUCCUACGUCGACGGCGGAAACCACAUCCUGCCCCUGUUCCGGGGCCGGUGCCCUCGCGCCGUGCUGGACGCGGCCGACCCGUACGAGGCCGUUAAGAAGUGCGAGGUGAUCCCGGGCGCGUCAUGCGUGGUGCGCUUGGUCGACGCGCAGUCCGACGCGUUCUCUGAGCCAGGACCACCCUACCGGCUUGACCGCGUCGAGGAGAUUUGCUCGGCGCUGAAGCUGAAGAAGGAGGCGUACUCCUUUCCGGAAAACGAUCUCGAGGCGAACGUGUUCCGGGACAAAAGGCUGAAGAAAUUGGUGCCCAGGGGGGAUGUCGAGACUUGCGAAAAGGUGCUCAAUCAGGUGUUCGCGGAGAAGGUGGGGAUCCGGCACUACCAGCUGAAGUAAUUACAUGUUUCUUAUAUCA